UUCAGCAGAGGAGGGAGAGGGGAAAGAAGGGUGGCUGCUAGAAAAGAAGAGAAAGCAAUCAAUGAUGUCUGUACAUACUAGGGAGCAUCUUUGACUUUGCGGAGAGAGCUAGAAAGCGCACAGGAAAAAGGGCAGAGAUCUUGCAGUGUCAAAGCGACCGCUGUGGCUGAGAGAGCGCACGGAAGGGGAAUCAAACACAGACUCUGUUUAUCGCGGUGUCCCUGGCAUCAAGAAAAAAAUGGAGCCGCAGACUGGAAGGAGGAUUUAGGUGAUCCUUUGACAAAGACAGUAUGCUGGAAAGAUCAGCAUAGCUGAUUGAAGAAGGACGGUGACACAUUUAAAAGACCUAGAAGGAAAGACUAAAGUGACAUGUUGUACUUUUGGCUGUAUGGAUGGGGGGUAACAGAGAAGAAAACUCCGGGAGAGAAAAUGUCCUUAUAAAGAACAGACUUACCGCAAAGCUCUUUACACUCACAAUAACUUUCUGAGGUUUGGCACGCUCAAAAAACAUAGAGUAUAAAUAACCUCCAUCCUCAGUUGCUUGAAAUUGAGACCAUUAAGAUGCCUCCCGCUGAUGCAGUCUGAGCCGUAAGUGGAUUACGACGGCAGUGUUUUGGGAUUGCACUUUUUCUUGAAAAAAAAAAAAUAUAUAUAUAAUCCUAAAGUGGCGGAUUUACAUCUGUCACAGAAGAAGAGGAUUCUCGUGCCGCUUCCGUCUUUCUUCUUUUGUGGAUUACAGAUGGGCUUUGGGAUCACUCAGCAGAGUCUCCUGGAAGACUGUGCACCAGUCAUUAGGAUAAAGUACAAAAGGGGACUCAAGUGAGUACUCGGAUGAAUCUUUAUCUCUAACGAUUAGGCAAACCGUGAUGUUGAAAGUGAUUCUGAAAUUGAAGGUUUUGUCUUUUAAUCGUAAGAAAAUGUAAGUAAUUUGUUCAGGUGUUGAAUUUUUAAUGAAGGAUUCACAUGGGAGAGACAUAUGUGCAGCCAUUCAUUUGUUGACACACCAAAGGAGCAUCAAUGACUAAAUGAGUGGUCGUGUUUACCUGGCACACGACUUGGACACAAGCAGAGAUUGAUUAAGUGUAAUCUAUGCUACCUGGAUUCUAGCAGAAGUGGAAGUCACAGAAGGAAUCAAAUUUACGUUCUCACGGGACAAACGGAGUUAACUCCUCUUCAGCACACAGCUCCUCCUUCUAUCACUUGAGCAAGGAUGGUACCCCCACCUCCCACCAACAAACCUCACGUUUGCCUGUCCACCAUACUUAUCAUGAGCAGCAUGGCACUGAUUGAUGCUUACCUGGUGGAGCAGAAUCAUGGCCCACGCAAGAUUGGCAUCUGCAUCAUGGUGAUGGUGGGAGACAUCUGCUUUCUGAUUGUCCUGCGAUACGUGGCGGUAUGGGUGGGGGCUGAGGUGCGCACGUCCAAGCGAGGGUACGCCAUGAUCCUUUGGUUCAUCUACAUCUUUGUGCUGGAGAUCAAGGUCUACUUUGUGUAUCAGAACUACAAGGCCGACAGGAAGAGCCUGGAUGCUCUUGCCAGAAAGGCGCUAACGUUGCUGCUUUCCAUCUGCAUUCCGGUGAUCUUUGUAGUGCUGGUGGCUAUUGACCACAUGGAGUACGUGCGCGCCUUCAAAAAGCGGGAGGAGAUCCGCAAUCGUCUAUUCUGGGUGGUGGUGGACUUGCUUGACAUCCUGGACAUUCAAGCCAACCUGUGGGAGCCCCAGAAAAAGGGCCUCCCUCUGUGGGCGGAGGGCUUGAUGUUUUUUUACUGCUACAUCCUCCUCCUGGUGCUACCCUGUGUGUCUUUGAGCGAGAUCAGCAUGCAGGGUAUCAACAUUGUCCCCCAUAAGAUGCUCCUGUACCCCAUUCUCAGCCUGGUGACUAUAAACAUCAUCACACUCUUCAUCCGUGGUGGGAACAUGAUCUUGUACAAAGACGCCAGGGUCUCUGGGAUCCUUAUAGGAAAGAACAUACUGGCCAUCAUCCUAAAGACCUGCAGCUUUGUGCAGUACAGGAGACAGUUGCAGAGUGCUCCACCUACUUUCGGGGUCGAGCUGCAGAAAAACUCUCUGGGCCAUCCUCGCCCUGCCCCCACUCCGACCCAAGUGGUCCUGCAGGACCAGACACCCCUUCCCGAGGUGACAACGUGUGAGCACACGUGACAAAAUGCUCUCCAGCAACCUCAAAAAGCUUGCAGGCAACAAUGUUUCACACUUUUCAGGCCAUGUGAGCAAUCAUCAGAACACAAUGACUGCGCUGAUUUCGUAGAAAGCAUCCGCAGUACUGUCAUGAUGCAAAAUACAUCACUUGUUUCUCCUGUAAAUUCCAUUCUUUGUGUAUUUUUCCAACUAUACAACAGAAAAGAACAGCAAGAGUAUAUAUUUUUGAAUUGUUGCAUUCUAAUAUGUGCUGUGGUGUGUAUUUAUGUAGAUUGAGUCUUCUUAGUAAUUGAGGGCUUCAAAACACACCUUGAACAAUCAAUGAUUGACUAUGGAAGAUACAUGUUUAAGUGAGUGUUUUCUAUGUAACUUUUUGAUAAAAUACUGCCCAUCUUCUGUAAGAACAGGGUUUGCAUCGCAUCAUUUUCAAAUUAUCGGACCAAUUCAGUGUGUUGCUAUUUUAAAAUUAAUUAACCUGUGCAGCAAAAUAAAAUAAACAAUGAUU